AAACAUAAAAUAAAUACGUGCAAACGCUUUCAGAUCAAACUUUAAAAAGAAAGAAAACAAAGACUCCGUAUAAGUAAUCAUUUAAGAUAAGAUCGAAAAGUAUCUUUUCCUUUUUUUUUUUAGAAAAAAAUGAGCAGUAGCUCAUUCUCGUUUUUUCUAAUAGAAAAAAGAUUUCAGAUUCAAGUUGAGUUCUAGUUCUCCGUUGGCGGUGACGCGAGGAGCAUAGACAUUCGCGCCUUUCCAAGGAGCAGCUCCCCUCGCUGCUUCUCUUGGCUCAAACUCUCUGAAGCUCUGGAGCCGUAGUAAGCGGGUAUACAUACUGUCGUGGCUCGUCACGCGGGAAAAAGAGAAAGAGAAAGAGAGGAAAGAUCUCUCGGGGCUGUGCUCGUCCCGGCACGGUGGCGCCCGCAGGGCGCCGUCGCGCGCUCUUCCCCCACUUUAUCGACCUGACGCCAGGCCCGCAUUGGUACGUGGAGCUUAGGCUCACAAUCCUAACAUAUUAUUCCUGUUUCUUUUUUUUUUGUUUUUUAUACAGUUUCUCGUUACAAAUCUACUCAACUAUGUCUAACUAUCGAAGAAAUCAAGAAAAAUAUAUCGAUGAUGCGUAAAACGAAUAGAAAAGGGAAAAAGAAACGAUAAAAAAGUUUCAUUUGAAAAAUACAUAAAAAGAAGGUAAAAUUUAUUGAUUUUUCAAUUGAAACUGCAUAGGAUUAGGACAAAAAAUGGACAUAUCCGCACGCGUAUGAUAUGCAUUAAUGCGGAGUAGUAGAUUCAUAAGAGGUGAAAAGUCGAGUACAUACGUAUGUAUGUUUCUCUUCGAAGAAUUACACACUGCUCGACACGACUCGAAUCGAAGCUCGGCCGCGAAUCCGCGAGUAUUUGCGCGAAACCGAAUGUGUUUUGCGUCUUUUUCUCUCCUUUGUCUCUCUUUCUCUUUUUCUCAUUCAAUCUUUACGAAGAUGAACGAAAUCGCACGAAGCGGUGGUAUCCCCCACCAAAAGUUAGCCGUUCGGCGCUGUCUCAACGAAUAGAAACGAAUGGAGCCGAGUUUAAUCGAAGCAUCCGUGGCCUGCGCCUUGCGAGUUGACGCCGAGCAGACUACGUCACAGUGAAGUAUGUGCUCUCGAGUGUAGAAAAUGGCUGAGCUCUCCGCUACCCCGGGUCGGCGCGGAUGUAAAUACGGCCUGUGGUUCGGCCUGGGAGUGUUUGUCGCGAGAUUUAUCGGUGUAUUGGGAAUAACUUGCUACUGUGAGGGACACUGUCCAGACGACCGACAAAACGGUACUUGCGAAGGAAGACCCGGUGGACAUUGUUUUAGCGCUGUAGAAGAAGUUUGGGAUGCUGAGAUUAGAGAAUAUGUUCCAGAAUGGUCCUUUGGAUGUUUGCCACCGGAUGAAGAGGGUUUCUUGCAAUGUAAAGGCUACCUCGUUCCACACCUAGAAGGAAAAAACAUAAUUUGUUGCAACAAGACGGCUCUUUGUAAUAAGGAAUUAUUUCCAGAAUACAAGCCUCGUCCUACAGCAACACCAGAUCCAAUUGCUAUUGCCUCUGGAGCAUCUAUUAUCAUAUUAGCUGCUUCGUUGUCUGUGUGUUUAAUGAUUAUUUUCAUAGCAAUAGUAAUAAUAUAUCAUAGAUAUAGAAGAAAAGAAAGAGGCCCAUGCUUAGUACCUUCUCAAGGAACACUUAGAGAUUUUAUUGAUCAAAGUAGUGGAUCAGGCUCUGGACUACCUCUUUUAGUACAAAGAACUAUAGCUAAACAGUUGGCUUUAUCAUUGUGCGUUGGAAAAGGUAGAUACGGCGAAGUAUGGCUAGCACGAUGGAGAGGAGAAAAAGUCGCAGUAAAAGUCUUUUUUACUCUGGAAGAAGCUUCUUGGUUUCGUGAAACUGAAAUCUACCAGACUGUUCUAAUGAGACAUGAUAAUAUCUUAGGCUUCAUUGCCGCUGAUAUCAAAGGAACAGGAUCUUGGACUCAAAUGUUAUUAAUUACGGACUACCAUGAAAGAGGUUCUUUACAUGAUUAUUUACAAACCACUGUACUAGAUCAUGCAGGCCUAUUGGCUAUUUGUCUUUCCAUUGCAUCGGGUGUUGCUCACUUGCAUACAGAAAUUUUUGGAACUCGUGGAAAACCAGCCAUAGCUCAUAGAGAUAUCAAAAGCAGAAAUAUUUUAGUUAAAAGGAAUGGUGAAUGUGCUAUUGCUGAUUUUGGUUUAGCUGUACGUUUUAUAAGUGAAAGCGGAGAAAUCGAUAUUGCGCCUAAUACGCGAGUAGGAACCAGAAGAUAUAUGGCUCCAGAAGUGCUGGAUGAAAGUUUGAACACAUCAUCGUUUGAUGCUUUCAAAAUGGCAGACAUGUACUCUGUAGGAUUAGUUUUGUGGGAAGCAUGUAGACGUUGUGUAACAGGUGGUAAGAAUUCUAUAGUGGAACCAUAUGCAUUACCUUAUCACGAUGUUGUCCCAAGUGAUCCAGAUUUUGAAGACAUGCGAUUAGCUGUAUGUGUAAAGCGUUUACGUCCUAUUAUCCCAGCAAGAUGGGAUAAUAAUCCAAUACUCUUUGCAUUGAGUAAGCUAAUGAUAGAGUGUUGGCAUGCAAAUCCUGCUGUGCGUUUAACAGCACUUCGUGUUAAAAAGACAAUGUCAAAAUUACAUAUUGACAAUACUAUUAAAAUCGUGUAGUGCUUGGUGCUUACUCAAAAAACUGUUAUUCCCAUCUCUUAGAUAAAAAAAUAUGUUCUGCCCCUUGUAAAUAUACCCUUUGUGUACAUAGAACUAUUUACAGACUGCAGCCUGAAGACUGAGUACUAAAAUUUACAAAUACAUGAAGAUGGACAAGAAUGUACGUGCAUUGCGUCUGCAUCUGCAGCUACGUGGAUAUGUGUGUUUCUGCGUGAAUGUGUGGUGAAUAAUAAUAUGAAUUUUCGAAUGUAAUUACGAAUAUAAUGUAUAUAUAUACAUGGCGAGUCAAUGUAAUUCGCCCUGUAUACAUAUAUAUUAUAUAUAAAUAUAAAUAUAUAUAAAUAUAUCUAUGUAUAUCUAUAUCUAUGUAUAUAUAUACAUAGAUAUAGAUAUACAUAGAUAAAUAAUUUUUUUCCGUGAAUCGCGCCAAAAUUAUAAUGUAUCAAAAUUCUGACGCGUUUCACUGUAUUAAAGUUGGUUAAGUAUGUAAUCAAAGAAAGCUACUACUUAUUAUUAGAUACAAAAAUAUUAUUAUUUCCACAAAGAUGUUCAUUUUAAAUAUGGAGAAAGCUGUUCAUAUAUUUAGAAAUAGA